UGAACACACUCUUACUCUUGUUCCCAUUCUCACACUCUGAAAAGAGAUUUCCUUUGAAAAGAACUGGACAAUAACAUUUACACAGUUUUCUCUUCUUUAAAGGUUAACCAUGAACCAGUCCUGCAUUGGAGAUGGACAGAACUGUUCCAUCAGCGACUUCAAGCGCAAUGUUUACCCAACAGCAUACCUGCUCAUCUUCAUCAUCGGACUCAUAGCUAACUUAAUAUCACUGUGUGUCUUCCUUAAGAUGUGGAGAGCAGAGAAAACUCUCUCAUCGAUCAACCUGUUCAUGGUGAACCUCACUGUGUCUGACCUCAUGUUGAUCUGCUCGCUGCCCUUUCGAGCCUCAUACUACAUCAACGACUCAAACUGGGUCUUUGGUGAUGUCACCUGUCGCAUCAUGUCCUAUGUCCUCUAUGUCAACAUGUAUGGAAGCAUCUACUUCCUCAUGGUUCUCAGUGUGAUUCGCUAUGUUGCCAUCACCAAACCCUUUACCUACGUACGCCAGCAGCAUUAUCGCUGUACCUGGCUAGUGUGUCUCUCCAUAUGGCUGUUGGUGUCCUUGGCAUCCAUUCCGAACCUCUUUAGUGGCACAAAUCAAGGUCGCACUUUCGCAGUGUGCACCACCACAACGUUCCUCCAACACCUGGACACUAGCCUCCACUGGCACAGGCUCCCCACCACUGAACACCAUAACUGGCACCGCACCUCCAACGCUUGUGUUCGGCCGCUCAGCCAGUCGAGGCAGCAGACUCCAGCUCCAUCGUAG